AUGUCCCUCUCAGACCUCGACCUCGUGCAGCAGGCCAUGGCGCCGACCGAGCCUGGUGCGCAGCAAAACCAGUCCACCAGCCCCACCCUCGCCGACAAGUCGACGAACGGGGCGACGAAGAAGGACGAGAUCGACGACCCGCUCGCCGGGAUCGACCUCUCGCAGCUCAACGACGCCGACCGCGCUGCGCUCCAGCCCAUCCUUGAUGCGCUCAAGGCCGCCUCGGGCGCGGAGGGGCAGGAGGGCGGAGACCUCGACUACGAGGGUAUCCUGACCCAACUCGACGCCGCUGGAGACGUCGCGGACACGCUGGAGGGAAGGCUCGAUAAGCUGCUCGCGAACCUGGGCGAGAUGGAGAAGGACCAGCAGGAGCAGUGCGACGAAGCGGCGCCGAAGGCUGAGGCGAAGAAGUGA